UAAUGUAAUCAUAAGUUGGUAUUGGUGUAGAAAAUGUACACGGUUAACUGGAGCGGCUCUCCGGCGGGAAAACAUACUGUCCAGCUCAAAGAUCGUCUGUUCACACAGUCCCGUCACUACGCUGCCAAAAAAGUUAAAAGUUAGGAUUAAAUAUAAGUCUAAACACAGGGAUCGUACUCGCUUGUUCUGUUAAACUUUCUAAUCCACCUUUUAUUAAACAGUUCUUCCACACGACAGUCUAAAUGUAUGUCCAACAUUUUUACCUAUUCACUCUUCUUUGAAUGAAGGGUUAGAAGGGAAUUAAGUUUAGGCCACUUAGUGUGACAUAGAGUUAACUUUGUUACAUACGUAUUUAAAUCUGCAUUUUGCAAACAUAUAUAACCUGGACUGGAGGUAUUCAGAUUUCAAACUUGAUUAUUUUACUAGAAAAGUUUUGUUUCAUUCAAUAAAGAAGAAUGAGCGCUCUUAUCCUCUCACCCAUCUUUGUCUGCUGUUUUCUGUUUUGCAGCUUUAGUUCUUGUAAUUGCCUCUUUUUGAAAGAAUUAAGAUUUCCCUCGGAAGAUAAGUCCUAUUCCAGUCCAGUGUAUUAAUAUAAGGAUGAGUGUCGUGGAGCUCUUUGGCCCUGCUCCUUUCUCUGUGUGUCAGCUGUGUGCAGAAUGAGCAGUGCCGACGGCCACCAGUCCCUGCAUUUCCUCGGUCUCCCCGACCUGAAGCAGCUCAUCUGCAUCACCCUGACUCUGCAGGAGGAGGAUGAGGAGCCGCGGAGCAAACAGAUCAAGACCUGCAGGGAACUGGUCCUGCUGUUCUCUGAUGUCCUGGCCUCUCCUGCUCUGGACUCCUUCGUGGAUAUCACAGUGGUCAUAGCUACCUCGUUCUUCCAGAAAGGCAUGCUCCAGGUGUUUGGACAGAGGCGCCGCCUGCAGCUGGGCUCUCUUCAGGGUGUGUUUCCAGGUGACCUCCAGCGCUGCCUGUCCUACUCUCUGAUCACCAGACUGUCUCCCAGCUGGACCAAAGCAGGCCUCUACCUCAUCUCUGGAAAAGACUUCCUGACUGAGAGGGGGAGGCUCAACGCUGUCAGCCUGGAGCUGAGUGCCAGAGAGGGCCAAAUGUGCUUCAGCAUUGAAGCCAGUACUGUCCGACUGCCACCGACCACCCUGGAGGACUUUGGCCUCCCUCCGCUGGUGCUCUGGAGGUUCUGCAGUGAUCCUGACUUCAUCCUCGACCUGGCCUCCACCAGAGGAGCCCUGUGGUGCCACGUCCUGCCCAGCAUGAAGAGAGGUCAGAUCAUCUCCAUCAGCCGUCAGCUGCCCAGAGACGGACCGUUCAGGAGCUACAGGGACCUGCAGAACCACUGGAAGUGCAUGUAUGGUUACAGACUCCCUGAGCUGGUGGAGGAGGAGGUGGUGUACUGCAGCGUGUACUUCAGGCUGGUGGGAGAGAGGCUCUUCACCUACCCUCUGAGCUGCAUCCGACUGCGGCCGGUGCAGCGCUGUCCUCGGGUCGACCUGCAGGGGACGCUGGGCUCCUUCCUGUCUGAUAUCGGGCACAGACUGAAGACUGUGUGUGGCUUCCCUGCACGUCUGAGCAGCAGACCCUGUUACCGUGCAGUCAGUCUGAGCACGGCUGCAUCUGUACAGGUGGAGAGUAGUUUGGAACUCAACCUGACCACCUCCUGCCCCAUCAGGCCAGUCUUCACCCAGCUCCCUCCACCUCCUCCUUCCCAGCCUCUGAGGUCCUCCUUUGGGUCGCAGCCUGCAGCCUGGACCCCUCUGUCCCAGCAGGAAGAAGCUCAGGAGCUUCUAGAGAAAAGAUGUGGCUUUAAGGGCAGACUGACACAAAGUCAGGGGUGUAGAGGAGAUGGAGACUGGUCUUCCUCUUCCUCUUCCAUCUCCUCCUCCUAUACUGAUUUUUCUUUUUCUGAUUCCUCAGGUUAUGAAUCACAAUAUCCCUUCUCUUCCUCCUCCUCCUCUUCUUCUUCUUUUCUCCCACACUUCCAACCAGCUUCAUGCCUUAGCUCCUCCUCUUUCUCCACCACUUCCUCUCCUUUCCCAGUCUUCCAGCCAGCUUCCUCACUUACGUCCUCAUCUUUUUCCAAGUCCUCCCCUUCACAUCCAGUCUUCCAGCCUGCUUCAUUCUUCAGCUCUUCCAUCUCCUCCUCAGUCAUCCCUCCUACGCCUCCCCUGUCUCAGGUUCGGAUGAACCCUGCUCCCAAACUUGUUCCAACCUUCAAGAACAAGCAUCAGUCGCACCACGCCAACAUUGCCCUGCUGCGGGUCCAAAAGCAGAAGAAGCAGCUGGGUGGAGGUGGGGCAGAGCCAGAGAGGGUGACACUGCCUUCCUUUGGGAAGAAGAUUCCUGCCACUGCUCCUCCUCUUUCUUCUUUAACAGCUGCUGCCCUCCCAGCAGCAGUUCUUUCUCCACCAAUCAUUCCUCACUUCAGCCGCCGUCGCAGUUCACACAGCAGUGCCACCGCCACUUCAGCUAACCCAAACAUCAAGCACAUCUCCAGCCUCAGUCCUGUAUCAAAGCUUAAACCCAGGAUUAUCAUCCCUCCAAAGCCAGAGAUCAAGCCUAAACUCCAGUCCAUCUCCAAAACCAUCUCCAAGGUCAACUCUGAAGGCAACGCUGUCACUAACUCUGGAGCCAAAAUGCAGGAAGAAGAUGACAAAGAGCCGUUAGCACCAACAUCCUCUGACGCCUCAAACGAGGAGACUUCCAAACCCAGCAAAAAGAGAGUUGGUUUUGACUCGAAGCUGAAGAAAUCCAGAGCCACAAUAAGAGACGUGGAGAAAAUGGCCAGGACCAACCAGGUCAGAAGAUGAACUGAACUUCCUGUUUCCUUAGCUCCGUUUGUCUGUCUGUGCUUUGUCCUACUUUUUCUGACCUUCUUACCAGUGACCACAUGAGCUGUAAACGGCUGCCAUGAGAACAGAAGCAUCUCCUGUGUUUGGUAGAAGCAUGCGUCUGACUUGUUGGGUUAGAGCAGGGUGGAGCAGUCGGCAUACCUUCCAGACAUUUCACUGGAUAACCAGAGGGUGA